UCGAACUCGCCCAAACAAGAUUAAAACGGAUUCCGUUACCUGGAAGUUAGACUGAUUUGUGUGCUCUGCAAUUUGGAUCUGUUCUUUUUUGAUCAUCUGUGACACUAAUAAUUUUGUAAUUUUGGCUGAUAGUUUGCACCUCAAUCAUGAACCGCUACACGCCAGUUGAGAGAAUUUGCAGCGGGUUCUUCGGCCCCGAUCACCGGGUAAUGGAACGCCGUGGGCCCGGUAAGAAAGAGCGUCGGAUGAAGCUCGUCCCGUGUGGUAGCAGAGAGUUUGCUAUGAGAGCCCUCGGCGUGUACAAGGAAAACAUCGUUUUCAUGCUCAAACAUGAGAACAUUAUGAAGGUGAAAGAGGCUUUCCUUCACAAACAACAAGGUACAGUGUACUUGUGUAGUGUCUGGAAGAAAUAUGACAGUCAAACUUUGAAUGAAUUUCUGAUACACAAGCACAAGGGAAUGACGGAUGACUCGUAUAAAUCGCUUUUCGUGCAGCUUGCUACUGGGUUGUCUUUCCUACACUCCAACGGUGUGGCUCACAAUGCCCUCACACCAUUCAGUGUGGUCAUGACGGAAUACCACAACGGGGAUGGAGUAGCAAAGUUGACAGACUACGGACUAUCUCAGCUUUGUCUCAAAGCUGAGGGUGACAAGUAUGCCAUGGAAGAGGGCAGGUCUAAAAGCUUAACAUACGCCCUACCCCCAGAGGCCUACAAUCCGAACUGGGCACGAGAAUUUGACAAACCAUCGAAGCCAGCUGAUAUUUUCAUGCUUGGAAUGUUAUUCAAUGCCGCAGCCGACCACUCCCUUCUCCACCAAACUGAUAAGACAAAAGAACCACACCUUGAAGUAAUGGCAACAUAUUUGCCAUUUCCCGGUUAUGGACAGGUCCCAGUUGGUAAAUUCAUGCACAACAACCCAAGUGUGGAUUUGGACCACCAACUUUUCCGCGGUGUGAGCCCUAAUCUUAGACGACUUCUUCGUAGGAUGGCUCUACUAGAACCAGAGAGUCGCCCUGCACCCACAGGAGUACUGCAGAUGCUGAACGCCUGCAAGACGCUUCGGAAACCUCGCUCCAUCCUCACCACACCCACAGAGAGAGAUGACAACGCCCCCUUCAAGAUGCCUCUUGCACCUUUGAACUCAAACCGAAAGCGGAGGAGUUCAUCUAUUCGUUAUGAUCCUAUGUCCAGCAAUAAAGCAAAGAAGAACACGAUGACAGCACCAGCUAGUGAGUGGGAGAAGUCGUCUUCACAAGCAACCUCUGGGCUUAUAAGACGGGCUUCCUUACGUCUGUCACAGAGAGCAAGAAGCGUCAGUGACUAUCUGAACCAGAAAAAGUCAUUUAAAAUCACUGACUGAUGACAGGAUUGCCUGCAGAAAGCCAUAGGUCUACAAGUAUGCCAACCGAGAAUCAUCUUUUUAUAUUUUCUUGUAAUUUUAAAAGCCUUUUUGUAUUUAAUAGAUGUUAAAUUUGCA